AUGCAAGACUACGAGAAAAGUGAAGUUAAUAAUAAAAAUGGUGUGUGUGGAGUUAAUGUACUUUCACCAACAUUACACGAAGCUGUUAAAGAUAUUAUAAAGAGAGAAGGAUACUUGACUCACGAAUUGAAUGCACGAUCUUUACCACAGGAUGGAGCAAAUUAUAUGACGAAAUUAGUAGUAGCCACUAUAAAAGGAAAAACUGCUGAAGGAGACAAAAUAACAGAUAUUUUUGUAAAAGAAAUCUUACCUGAUGAUGAGAACAGUUUCUUUCUAGGAUCAGAUUUUCAUUUACAUGAAUUAUUUGUAUACAGGGAACCGUUAAGAUAUUAUAUGAAAUUCCAAGAAGAAGCAGGUAUUCCUAUUGAGGAUAGAUAUAACAUUGCACAGUUCUACGAAGAAAGUAACUCUGAGUUUGUUAUAUUGGAAAAUUUAGUAAGCCAAGGUUACACUACAGUAAAUAGAAUGGAUCCAAUUACAUUGAAUUUCGCAGAACAAUCGGUGCAGCAACUUGCAAAAUUCCAUUCGCUAGCAUUCGUAUUGAAAAAGAAACUACCAGAUUAUUUUGACGAGAAGAUAAAAUCUCUCAAGUAUCAAGUCAAUUUUGAAGGUAAAUGGACAACGUUCUUAAAAAAUAUUUAUCCAGUAACAAUGAGUGAGCUGAAUGACGAUAAGAAAAAGAAAACGGAAGCUUUUCUUCCAAUUGUUGUGGAGAAAUUUCCACAGUAUUAUAAGGACACUUCUGUGGGAUGUUUGUGUCAUGGGGAUUACAGAGCUAAUAAUAUUUUAAUAAAAGUUGACGGUGGCGUAAUAAAAAAAAUAAUUCCAGUUGACUACCAAGUAAUAAGAUAUGGUAAUCCUAUUACCGACCUAAUAUACUUCAUAUUCUUAGGAACAGACCAGCAAUUCAGGAAAGAUCAUUUAGAGAACAUUAAAAACCUAUAUUACGAUACGAUGAUACGUUUCCUUAAAUACUUCGAUAUGGAUGUAGAAGAUUACUUUCCAAGGACGCAAUUUGAGAAGGAGUUUGUAGCUAAAUUAGACUUUGGAUUUAUGUCAGCUGCGUGGCUUUUCCCUUUUCUAUUUGCAUCUGAAGACGACUUGCCUGAAAUUAAUGGGGCAAUAGAUAAGGUAGAAUAUAAAGUAGAUAAGAGAAUGAAGUGCAGAAUAGAAGGCAUCGUGGACGACUUCAUUAAAUGGGGAUACUUGUAAUGUAUUCGCAGCUGAAGAUGGUUUA